GGUCAAAAAAUAAUAACGUUAUUUCUCACCCUAAUGCAAUACCAAAAGAAAAAAAGAAAAAAAGGUGUGAGCGUGUGAGUGGGUCUUGUACAGUAACAGAGCAGAAGAGUGAAGAGGCAGUGUGUUAUUUAUGUUAGGAGCAGCAAGGGUUUAAGAAACGGUGGUCGCUGCUAUCAAAGCCGUGACGAUGACGUCGGAGAAAGUUAGACUUCGUUUGUUUUUCGACGAUCGUCAAAUGCUUAGUAAGUCAAAGAAGAAGGAAGGGUUGAAGCGUUGCUGGUUUCUUCUUAAACCCCAUCUCAACACUAUCUCCGAUCUCGCUUCUAAUCUCAAAAACACUUUCCGCCUCCACCGCACAUGCCCCAACGGCAUCAUCCUCUCGAUGGAUGGUUUUGUUUUACCAUCUUUUGAGUCCACUUGUAUUUUGAAGGAUAAAGACAUUGUGUGUGUGAAAAGAAAAGGAAGCUUAUUAACUCAUAGUAAACCUGCAAUGCUGUCAUCUCAAAUCCAUGAGAAUCCAUCUAUAGGGCUUCCUAAACUUCUCUCAAUUGAAGGGCUUCAAGAGGAGAGGGGAGAAUAUGAAACUGUUUCCCUAGAUGACGACGACGACAAUGAUCAAUCUGACGAUGUGGUUUAUGUGGAAUCUAAAUCAGGGAAUGCAAUCUCGAAGAAGAGAAAAGCAUCGAAGAAGCUCAAGAGUCCUAGUCAGAAGAAGAUUAAGAUGUCUACUACCGAAAACUUGGCAGUCAUUCCCGAGGUCCGUCAUGAGGAUAAUGGAAGUUUGGAAGACCUCACUGACCACCAACCGAGUCUUGCUAAGAAGGACAUCGACAAGUCACCCACUUUAUCUAGUCAGACAAACAAGUCUAGCAACCCUGAUUUAGUUAAAAAGAAAAAGAAAAAGGACAAAAGUAGGGCAGCAAGCAAUGAUACAAGGUCUCUUCAGCCUCAAGAAGAAGGUGAAACUAAAAAGUUGCCUAGCAGAAGUGCUCGACGGAAAAAGGCCAAGAGAAAAUGGUUGAGGGAACUAAAAUUAGAGAAGGAGAAGCUAAAUCAGAGUCAGGUGCUUGAAAAAGAUGAUCAACAAUUACAAAUCAAAGAUAAUAAUUGCAUAGUUUCUGUUGUGCAUCAACAAUCUGAUGAAGAAAGUGAAGCAGAUGACGACAUGGUUCCUGUGGAGAUCAAGCCAGGGCACAUUCGGUUUCAGCCUCGUGGAAAAGAUCAGGCAGAGUCACAGAAUCAGUUCCCAGUGGACACGUUUCAGUGGAGUGGUACAACCAGCAAGAAGAAGGGCCAGAAAUGGGGUAAAGAGAGGACCUCAUCAUUCCAUAAACAGGAUGGCUAUGGGCAAUCCAGUCAAGAUCGUCCUACUGCUCACAAUGUUGGGAUAAAACUCACAUAUGAUGCAGUUGUAGAUUUUGAAAAGCUUACACCUUAUACAGACUUGCCUAAGGAAGGCAAUGUUAUUGCUUAUCGAUUGAUUGAAUUAUCAGAAUCUUGGACUCCGGAGCUCUCCUCCUUCAGAGUAGGGAAAAUAACGAAGUAUGAUGGUAAAUCAAACAGGAUAUGGCUGGAGCCAGUUUCAGAUUUUCCAUUUGAUUUUAGGAAGAAAACAGAUGAUGACGACGGCGUAUCACCUGCACAGUCUGAUCCAUCCCCUUAUCAGGAAGAUGGUUCUUUAGAGGCAGAUUAUACAUCUCUCGCUGAUGUUCGAAUUGUUAAGCACGGUCAUUCUGAUUUGGCAACCGUAGUUAGUUCUAGCAAUGCUUUGGUUACUCCAACAAAAGAAACUAACAAUAGCACUGAUGAAAAAUGUGCGGGUAAUCAAACUUCAGUGGGAAGCUGGAAGCCACAAAGGGAGAUCCAUGUCCCAGCUAAAGAAAAUGGGGAAGUAAACGUGUGGGAUGAAAUCAACGAGGCAUUAAAAGCAAAGAAGGCCAAGCUGUCGCUGGACAAUGGCUGGGGGAAAGAAGAUAGUUCAGGCAAUAAGUCAUGGUCACAGAGAGCCUUGAGAUGCAGUGCACUUGGUCCCACAAUGGCUCUUUUAAGGUCCCAGAAUGGACUUUAAGAAACAAUCAUGCACUUUUGGGCCUUAUUUACUGCAUGUCCCUCUUCUGCAGAUUAGUAUUACAUGUUUUUUUUUGGGGGUAUAUAUAUGAACAAAUUACCCAUGUUGCUACUUGUAAUACACGCUACAUAUCCUGAUUUCAGUAUGCUAGUGAUAAAAUAUUUGGAGGCUUUUUCUUAGUCCAGCUUUUGGAUGUUA